UAGGUCAGUGACGGUAUUUGAGCUAAUGAAGCAGCGUUUGUUGGCGUUCUCUUUGUCUAUGCAUGGUUAUAUAUGCAUAUACAACAUGUAUAAUUUCAUUUACGUUAUCAAGUAAAUGACAUAUAUAUUUUUUUUAUUCACGUUUAUAAGGGAGUUCUACGAAAACCAAGAACGAAAAGUGUGUGGUAGAUCAUCUCGUCUCCAAGAUGUCCAAAUUCGACGACCUGCUGAAGCAGCUCGGGACGGGAGUGUGGAACGUCUUCGUGGUCGUCGCCAUGUGCUACUGGAUACCGCAGAUCGCAUCCCAUAGCAUGGGCGCGGCCUUCUUGGCGCCCGAGCUCGACCACUCGUGCCGCCCCCCGCCCGACGCCUUCCAGGACGUCCGCCGCGCCACCAGCUUCCAGUGCGAGUACAACGCAACGGUGUCGGAGGGCAGCGUCGAGGAGCGCGCGUGCACGCGGUGGAACUACGACAACUCCACCUUCAUCAACACCCUGACUUCAGAGUUCGACCUGGUGUGCGACCGAAGCUACCUGCGGGCGGCCUACACGAGCGUGUACUUCUUCGGGGGGAUGUUCGGGGCCAUGCUCACCGGCUGGCUCUCCGACAGAUUCGGCCGCAAAACCAUGCUGGUCGUCGGCAGUGUGACGUACUCCGUCCUGGCCAACAUCCUUCCCUGGCUUCCGAACUUCUCGGUCAUUCUGGCCCUUCGCUUCUCGAUGGGUCUGAUGCACCCUACGUCGGACCAUGCAGGAUACACACUAGCCAUGGAGGUGAACCAACCCAAGCACAGGGCAGCCUCCGGCAUCCUCAUCUUCCUCCCGUGGGCCUUCUGCAACAUCGCCCUCGGAGGGUACGGCUACCUCCUACGGGACUGGCGCUGGCUCUGCUUCACGUUCUCCCUACCCGCCCUGCUCUUCCUGCCGGCGCUCUGGUUCAUCGACGAGUCGCCGCGCUGGCUGAUCGUGCGCGGCCGCUACGACGACGCGAUGCUCGUCCUCCAAAGAGCUGCGCGCUUGAACAAAGUCGAGCUGCCGCCCGAGGAGGAGCUUCGUACUCUUAUGGAGGACAUUAAGAAAGAGGUGAUCGAUAUGUGA